GGUAGUCCCACAACUUUAGGACGUGUACCCCGGCGAUGCCAUAAAGCUGCUCCGCACUUUCACUUUCGUUUCUCAUUGUGCUGAUCGAAGAGAACGCCCGUUCCCGGCAGCAGCGGGGGGAGGCAGGACCAAAGAUCCUAUAGCGCUAUAGGCUCUUUGGCUCAGACCACACCCCGCCGCUGUCACCGUCCGGCUCUUUCCUCGCCCCAGUCUCUCCGGGCCAGGUCGGAGGCUCAGACCCGAGCCCGGCGCAGAGAAGCAGAGUCAAGGACUUGGAGGUCAUGGAGGCCAAGCUGGUAACAAGGCUCGAGGAAUAUUUUCAGUGCGGGCUCUGCAACAAGCCGGCAACAAGUCCAAAGCUCCUCGAGUGCCUUCAUACCUUUUGUGCAGGUUGUCUGGAGCGCGAAUCCAAUGGGAGCGAUGUCACCUGUCCCAUCUGCGAAAUGGUGACCAAGAAAGGUCUCUCUUCCCUGCCAGACAAUAUAUUUGUGUCAAACUUGCAGAACAGUGUGAGAAAGCAGCAGCAAAUCCUGGAAAGUGCAGAACAGCGCUGUGCCUCCUGUGAGGAGAAUACGUCUGCAGAGUUUGUGUGCCUGGAGUGUGACAAGGUGCUGUGUAACAAGUGCUUCCACACUCAUCAGGUGUUGAUGCCAGAUCACAAGAAGCACGUGGAGACCUUGGGCACUUUGCGAAAGUUGAAUUCAGAUGAGUUCUUGAAGAUUCUAAGAAGAUCAAAGGAUCUCCUCUGCAGCUCACAUGAAAAUCAGACAAUUAGUCUGUACUGUAGAACCUGCUCGAUGUGGCUCUGUGUCCUGUGCGUUCUUCUGGAACACAAAGACCACGAUUGCACCCCUGUGCGAAAACAGAUCAACCUUUUGAAGAGCGAGCUGCAGGAAACGCUGGCAGCAAUAGUCACAAAGCAAGAAGAGUUUGUUGAAUCACAGAGCCAACUGGAACUGCUCGUGGAUGACGUGAACAGGGACAAGUACAAGCUGACAGAUCUGAUCGAAGCCCGGGUUCAGGCUGCCCUGCAGAAGGUGAAGGAGGAGGAGCGCAGGCUGAUCAAUGAGCUGCAGGAGCUUCACUCCUCCAAAACCCACAAGCUGCAGGUGAGUCUGAACAGCAUGAAGAACGUGUUGAAGAGAAUGGGGGUGAGCAAAAACGUGGUGUCCCAGUUGUUGCGCUAUGCCACAGAACAGGAAAUCCUGAAGCUGCAUGGAACAAUCAAGUCAGCUCUCGCAGAACUACGGAAAGAAAAGCCAAUGGAUGUGCAUGUGGACAACACCAUUAUCGACUUUCAGGAAUGCUGCAAGUUUCCAGAGAAAAUGCUGGGCAAUUUGAUGAUCACGAGAUUGAAACACGAGUCCACUUUGGAUGGAAAGUCAUCGUUGCCUGGAUGCAGAAUUGCUGUGAAGGUGAAGGAAGUUGGCCAAUAUUUGAAGUGUAACUCCAACAAAAGGAAAUGUUAUACAGCUGAGGAAGCAGAAGCCUCCAAAAAACUGUGUGUGAAAGAAGAGCCAAGUAGCUUCACUGAGGACGAUUCCACCGCUGGCCCAAGCAGCCACCAGCAGAGCCGCACGCCCUCCAUAGAGUGUGUCACUGUUAUCACCGACUCUGAUGGACAGGAACAGGUGUCCAUGUUUAUGAACACUGAAGUACAGGUGAUACAAAUAGAUUCUGAAGACUUGAAAUGAGAUUUGGCUGAAGGCGAAGGUUUGACAUGAUCAUAUUGGAGCAGCACCACUGACGGGCAAACUGUGGUGGUUCGCGUUUGUUGAUGUUGUGAUCUACAAUGCACUGUCUGACAACAGUUAAAUGAAUAUUCAAAAGAGAACGUACAUAAUUUCUGAAGGGGAAUGUUUGCAGUAAUGGAACUGAUUUGACAAUUUUUUAGACAGCUGAUACAUUUAAAGGGCGUUUUUAUAUAGUUUCAUGGAUUCCUCCUUUAGUCACUAUGAUUGAAGACAGCAGUUCAGCGGAUAAUUGAAACGCAUUCACGAGCGCUCCACGAGACAUUCAAUGCCGUCCAAAGAUAAAUCUUCUAAACACAGUCUCUUAAUUAAUAGUUUCUUUAUUGUAGAAGUAAAAACAGUAAGAUAUUCAUCCAAACUUCUUGUUUAAAUACAUUUUGAUCUUACUGGUAGUCAGACUUGUGCUUGGUCGAAAGCUGUGACCUCUCCCCCAUGUUUCUUCAAACUAAAUUAAAACUACGAGGGCAUCUGCGCGAGAAUCCCAGCCGCAAACACGCUUCAGACUACAUAUAAAUCCCACCCACAUAAUUACAGUCAGAUAAAAUUUAAAGGUAACUGGUUAUAGUUAUAACAUACUGAGUUAAGCUAAAUGGGUACUACAGGCAUCAGAUCUACCGUUUGUGCAGCUUGGCAGUAGAAUUAUGUAGAAAUACAACAAGAUAGGUACAUUAGCACAAUGGAUAGUAAUAAUAUUCAUAUCCCUGGAACAUUGAUCUGGCAUUGUCAAUUACACCCCCCCCCCCCCCCCCCCCCCCACCCCCCUGUGGUUGGGAAUUGAAAUUCAAGUAAUGAAACAAAUCUAGGAUUUAAAAAAAUGCUAUUACAAUUAACGGUUCUAUCAAUUUACAGUGUUACUAUUCAAAAUCCAUUCCACAAAACCUUCACCUGGUCUGGUUUGCAUAAGAGUAUUAGUUUCAACUCCUAACUGCCCUCUAAAAUGCCUGGGCUAGUAUCAUGUUCAGGGGCAAAUGCUUACAACGCUUACAAUGUACACGUGAUUACAUGCUUUUCUAUGCUUCUCCCAGGCCAGGUAAAGCACAAAUUUGCUGUAAGCUAAUGUUUUCACAGUGCAUUCCAAGGUCAGAUGCCUUGUGUUUCGACCAGUUAUGUUUCACUGCAGUGCCUCAGCAAGUAUUUUGUUGCCGAUUGCUUUGCUUGGAUGCAAAUGUGCAUUAUUUGGAUACAGGUGCCAACAAUGAUUCUAACUUACAAUUCUCGCCUUACCCGAGACAUACGUGUCUGGUAUGAAGAGUAUGUGGUGUCCCGAUUUCAGUCGAAGCCACUUGGUGCUGGUUGUAGUUUUGUUGGUAGCACAUCUGCAAGAAGGAAAGCUCAUUUAAUCUGUCACUCCAGCCUACAGAUCAAAUCUCUUAGAACACAUUAGUUCAAAUAUUUUAUUAUUUGAUAUUUCCAACAUCCAUCAAGAUUGUUUUCAGAUUUACUCUUCACACAUAGUCUUAGCAAGUAACAUGGCUUACAUUGAACAUUGUUUCAAUUUUUUGCAUUAAUUUUUAGCUGUUAACCAAUCAUCUGAUUAUUCAUUAUAACAAGUAAAUAAAUUACAUUUAGCAUAAAUAAACUAAAUUACACUCUAUAUUCCAUUAGAUACAUUUUAUUCUUUGGAGUGCAGGAGGCCGAGGGGUGAUCUUAUAGAGGUGUACAAAAUCUGAGGGUAGUAUAAGUUCUUUUACCCAGGGAAAUCAGGAACUAGGGGUCAUAGGUGUAAGGUGAGAGGGGAAAGAUUUAAUAGGAACCCGAGGGGCAACCUUUUCACACAGAGUGGUGGGUACAUGGAACAUCCUGCUGGAGGAAGCAGUCGCGGUAGGGGCGAUAACAACAUUGAAAAGACAUUUGGAGAUAUGCGGAGAGGGAAAGUUUAAAGGAAUGUGAGCCAGGCUCAGUUUAGAUGGGGCAUCUUGGUUUGUAUGACCUAAUUUGGCUGAAGGGCGAUUCUGUGCUGUAUGAUUCUAAUAAAGGUCAUAUUAGAAUCUUUAAUAAAGUCAUAUAGUGCAAUAAAACGGCCCAUUGACCUACCAUGUACAUUUAACCCUGUUGACCACCAUCCAACGUAGGUUAAUAAGCAUGCAAAGACAGCUGGUGGGGCUGAAAGCCAGUUAAGGCAAAUUCAAUAGUUAGAAGAAUGAAUGAUAAUCUCUGAGUAACGAGAAGGAAUUACAGUGUAUAUGUCAAGGCAUUCUGUUCUCAGCCUGAAGAUCCUAUGGGUGGGAAGUGAUUUCUUGGAAGAGAUCCAAGAAAUUGAUGUGUGAACAGUGACAGGAAGAAGAGAGUAACAACACGUAAAACAGAGUGAAGCUUCCAUAGAUCGAUUUAAAAAAAAAAGAUUAACAAAGGUUCAUGUGGGUCCUCUACAGACUGGAUAGUUAUUUUGGUAAAUGAAGUGGCAGAAAAAGUAAACAAACAUUCAAUGCACGUCUUCAUAGAAGUUACACAUCUUCUGGAAAUAGUGGAGAACAGUUUCGGCUAGAGAAUAAAACAGAAAUCAAUUAACAUUAAUUCAUAAGUGGUAUUGCACAAUGGGACUGAAUACUGGUAAAUUCUGAGGACUUGUUUAAUUUGCUCCAAAAGAGGUGGCUUUGGAUGGGUACUCUGGUUGCCAUCUUCCAAAAUUCCACGGAUUCUAGAACAGUUACUAGAGAUUGGAAGGUUUCUAAUGUAAAUCAAGUCAAGGGUUUUAAUUGUCAUAUGCACAUUUUAGUAAAUCUCUUGGGGCUUUUCUAAAUUCUUAAACUUCUUUUGUUAAGUGUGGUAUCCAGAACCGAGGACAAUACUCCAGCUGGGACUAAACAUUUGUUUCUUUUUAAAUAAAAUUUCAUCACAA